CGUUGGCGCCUCCCAAAGCGCGGAAGAUCAAGCGUCCGCCCAUGGAACAAAACGACGUGGAACCUGUUUCUUUUCAUUCAAUAUUUCCUUGAUCCGGCAGCCCAUAAAUCACUGGUUUAUUGCAGAUUUUUUUUUUAUUAAUUCAGUUUCCAGCCUCGGGAUGGUACGCAUACCAUCCGAUAUACCAAAACACUCGUCGUCCAUCCGUGCCCGAAAGUGCCGGACCGAGCCUAAGCGCCCAGCCCAAUCUCUCUCAUAGUCUCACUGCCUGGCUUUUUUUGGGGGCGGCCCCUCCCUGGACCCUCGCUCCCUCAUAAACUUGAUUCAUGCCGCCAGCCCUACCUCUACCUAACCUUGGCACCUUCAUGUCACUUUCUACAACCACAUCAUCGCCUACAGUAACCCUAGAUUAUACGGGCGCAAGAAGCGACUCGAACAGACGUUUUGUCUUAAUUAAUUGCAAUUGUUUCACCUACAUAAAAGGUUGAAAAACCUACUGCGAUUUUGAUCGACCAUACUGUACUUGCAGGCAUCCACAAUGGCGUCGGUUACGUCACUGGACAAGGACCUGCGCAAGAUGCGCCUCGACAAAUACACCCCGGGCGCUGCUAAAGAAGUCCGGGAUUGGAUUGAGUCGACCUUGGGUCGUAGUCUACCCGCCGGCGACCUUCUAGAAGCACUCAAAGAUGGCGUUGCGCUUUGCAAUCUCGUCAACCUCGCUCUCCCCGCGCCGGGCAUCAAGUUCAAGACCUCGUCGAUGCCAUUCGUCCAAAUGGAAAACAUCUCACACUUUCUCCGCGCCUGCCAACAACCGCCACUCAACCUCCAGCAACACGACAUGUUCCUGACCGUUGACCUCUACGAAGCCAAAGAUCCAGCCCAGGUACUGCAAUGCCUGGGUGCGUUUAGCCGCGCCGCCAACGCUGCCAACCCAUCCGCCUUCCCCACCGCCAUCGGGCGCUCUCGUGCGGGCAGCGUCUUGAGCCCGCAGUCGACGGGUCCCGUCCCCUUGCGCGGCAGGGGUACUUCGAACGCGAGCAACGGCUCCUCCGUCUACGGCACCGGCAAUCGACCCAACCUCACGGCGACAAAGACGGGAGAUUCUGGGUCAGGCAGGUGGAGCCCGACCAAGUCCCCGACCUCGACCAGCAGCUGGAGUAGGCGGGAGCACGAAGGGUCGACAUCGCCGGCCUGGAACAUCGCCCAGUACGGGUACAUGGGCGGGGCCAGCCAGGGCAACCUGGGCAUAGCGUUCGGCGGCAGGCGGCAGAUCACGAGCGCGGGACCGCACGUGCCCAAUCUGGCCGAGAAGGAGAGGCUGCGGAAGCUGCGCGAGGCGGAGGCGGAGCAGCAGCGGGUGCAGAUGGAGGAGGAGGAGCGGCGGCGCAAGGCGGACCUCGAGGCCGAUGAGGAGCGGGCCAGGCUGGAGGAGGGGAAGAGGUGGGAGGAGGAGACCCGGAGGCAACGGGACGAAGAGGCCCGCCGGGCCGAGGAUGAGAAGCGCAAGUGGGAGGAAGAGGAGCGGCAGUGGAGGCUGGCUGACGAGAAGAGGCGGAAGGAGGAGGAAGAAGCCGAGAGGCGGCUCGCGGACGAGCGGUCCCGGACCCGCAGCAAGAGCGACGCGCGGCUCAGGGGCCAAUUCCUCAGCCAGUACCAGGCCGAGCAGGGAAUCAAGCCGCAGCGCACGGGCGAGCAGGGAGACGAGUACAGGGCGCGCAUCGAGCAGCUCGAGAAGGAGCUGGAGCGCGCACGUCAGCGGGAGCAGGAGUACGAGCGUGAGCGGCAGGGGCGGCCGCUGCCGCAACCUUCGGCCGAGUCGUCGUCCAAGUCUAGGACGCGCUCGCGCAGCCGGCCGGCGGCCUCAGCACGUGCGCCAAGCCGCCAGGAUUCGUGGUCGAGGGACGAGCGCGAAGUGCUCCGCACAGCAUGGGACCGGGAGCAGGAAAUGAAGCCGUCGCCACUAGGCAAGCCGCAGAACGCGCCUACGCCAAGACCACUCCCAGACCCGGCAACGGCAGCCGCGGCAAAGCCGGACCCACCGCCACCAAACAAGCUUAAGAAGCAGCGGACUGGCGAGCCGAUCAAGCAGCACCGCACCGGCGAGCAGCAGCAGCAGCAGCAAGUCAAGUCCCACCGGACAGGCGAACAAAAGGUCCCGCCGCCAAAGCCGAUGAAGCCCCAGACCACGGGCGGGUCGUCUAGGCCACUUCCCGACCCCAAGGCCUACUCGAGCCGGACGGAUCAGUUCCUGUCAAGCAACCCAGCGCCGGCGGCCCAGCCGACGCAGCCGACGUAUUCGCGCGAGCUGGGCGCCACAGCCGAGCGCGACGGCGAGGACCGGCGGCGGCAGCAGGCGCAGCAGCGCACCAAAGCAGGCGGAUGGGCGUCCAAGUCGCUCCUGGAGCGCGAGAUGGAGAUGGAGCGCCAGCGCCAAAAGGAGUGGGAGGAGGCGCAGCAGGAAACGGCUAAGGCUAAGAGGCCGGCCGACGGCGCCGUCGAUGGCAUUGGCGGCGGCGUGGGCGGCAGGUGGGACGUCGGGCAGUGGGCCGGCUACACGGGAGGUGACAACCAGAACCGCGGCCAGCAGGGCAUCGGGGCCGGGAGGAGGCAGAUUGUCGGGCCGAGGCCGUUGCCGGGGAGGUAAGGAUGGAUAAAGAGUGAGAUAGAGGAGUGCUUUUUUUUGUAUUUUGUGCAGGUUUGACGAGUUUGAGAUGUGUCCUUUUCUUUCCCUUCUUCAUAUGUCUUUCUACGGGCAUGAUUCACGCUUCUUGCUUGUUACCCUAUGUUUUGCCUUUAUUCAUUUUAAUAGAAAGCAGAGACUAGGUUUACACUUUUGCCUAGGCCUAUUGAUUCUAUAGAUGAAUGGUAAUAGAAGGAGUCGUGACUUGACGACCAUCACUGCAUCUAGCGGGAUGAAAGCAGCACAAUGGCUCUACAACUCAAGACCGGCCACAAGAAAAACACAACGGUCGAAUGGGCUACCAGA